AGAGGAUAACCGCUCUACUAAGCAUCUCUCCCUCCCUCCUUCCCACUCACUUUUUAUCUUAUCUUUGGUUCGUCGUACGGCUGUCAGGUGUUAGGUUUUAGUUCUCUGUGCGGUUCCUCAUCAGCAGGCCAGUGUGGGUGUGAAGCAUGACAGCAGCCAAGUUUCCCAGCACGAAGCCCGGCGCGGCCCAAGCUGCCCUGCUGUGGCUGGUGCUGGCGGGGCUACUGAUCCUCAUCUACUACAUCAGCUACGACCGCUUCUCCCCCGUCUACCGCCUCCCCCGCCCCCGGCCCUUCUUCCGCGUGGAAAAUGACCCGUGGUGGCGGGAGGUUGUGUGCAAGAGAGCCGGACACUGGGAGGAGGAGCCGGGGACGCCUCUGAAGAAACUGUUCAGGGAUGUGACGCCAGAGAAGGACAAGAACAUUUUCCUGAUGGACACGGCUUGCAACUCCAAUCCCAAGUACCGCGUGUGGUGCUCCGUUGAGAGCUGGGCGAAGCAGCACCCGAACCGGCAGGUGUGGUUCCUGUUCACCGCUGGCGGCAUGGCGGAGGCGGAGCUGCCUCAUAUUCUCCUGCACCGGUACCCGAACCUUCACGUGGUGGACGUCGACCUUGAGGAGCUGUUCAGAGGCAGCCCCCUCGUGCCGCUCUUCAACUCCCGCAAGUGGAGUCGUGAGGACACCUGGCCCGUGGAGCUGCUGAGUGACAUGCUGCGGGUGCUGGUGCUGUGGCGGUGGGGCGGCGUGUACAGCGACACAGACGUGCUCAGUAUUCGGCCCUUCACGCUGCCUUUCAACGCCCUGGGCUUCGAGAAUCCCCAUCAGAUCGGCAGCGCCUUCUACAGCUUCCACGCCCAAAACCCAAUGCUCCUGGACCUGAUGGAAGACAUGCAGGAAAACUUUGAUCCCAGGCAGUGGGGAAGCAUUGGGCCUCUUGCCAUCAGCCGAGUAGUGGAGCAGACCUGUAAGAAGAACCUAAAAGAAUUAUCAGAAAAAGCCCCAACGAAGUGCCCAGGAAAUCUCAUGCUCUUCCCGAGGCGCUCCUUCUAUCCAAUUCCAUACCCCGCUUAUGGAAAGUUCUUUAACCCCGGAGGAGGCAAGGACUUCGACAAGAUGUUCAAUGAGACCUUCACCUUGCACCUGUGGAACAAAAUGAGCAAGGGCACAGAGAUGAAAGUUAACUCCAGCAGCAUAUACGAAGUGGCGGCCAGAAAAGUCUGUCCCCUCACCUUCCAGAUCGCUACAGCAGAGUCAGAUGUUUUCUGAUCUUUUUUCAUCUUUAAUUUAUUAAUUAAUUUAUUACAUGUCUCCAUCACAAGUGUGUAUUUGCUCAAGCAUAAAAGUGUUUCAUUUCUCCAUUCCUAUCACAUGAAGCCAACACACACACACACACACACACACACACACACACACACACACACACACACACACACACACACACACACUUACUUGCUUAGUGCAGUCAUCGUGGCCGAUGACGACAUUCGAUGUCCCCCAGUGUGAUCUCGAAUGAUUUCAUGAAUGAGUGAUGAUGAUUUAACGAGAACUUGUAUCUUCAGGGUUGAUGCUGAAUUUGUCGUCUUCGGUGCGCAUUUGUGUGGCUCAGAAAGCCUAUGCGUGAUUUGCACACCUUGCCACACGUUUCACAUGUUAAUUCAGGGUCUGGAGCUGCAGCAGCAUCUUGCCUGGCGUGACGCUGCUGUCUCUUCCAGGUGCGGUGCGUUCUCCAGGCCUCCUCCAGUACGUCAACUCCGUUUUUUGUUUUUGUUCUCCAUUGUGACCGAUCAGUGGCUUAGUGGCUAAGGCUUCGAGUGUCCCAGGGUUUAUGUUACAACUCUUCAGUGUGUUUUUUACUUGGUCCUUGUACCUUUUCUUAGGACCUCCUGGUCUCCUUGGGCAAUUUUGUAGCUGGCUAUACAGUGCAUGUUUAGGAAGCCGGUCUUCUGGCAUUCUUAUGACGUGGCCAAGCCACCUCAACUGCCUCCGUGCCAACAUGGCCUCAGUGCUUGUAGUAUUUGUCCGGUCAUGGAUCUCCGUGUGUGGAAUGCGGUCUCUCCAGGUGAGACCCAGUAUCUUCUGUAAGCACGAGACAUGAAAGCGUUGUAGUUGCUUCAGGUGGCAUUGAUAGUAUGUCCAAGUCUCUGCACCAUACAGAAGAGUGGAGAUACAUACUGCUUCAUAAACUUUGAUUUUAGUUUCUAGUUUCAGUUGUUUAUUUUGAAAUCCUCGAUCCCUUAAUCUGCCAAAUGACCGCGCAGCUUUGUUGAAGUUGUCGAGAACGUCCUCGUCUAUUCUGCCAGAAGGAGUCACGACGCUGCCUAGGUACUUAAAAUUUGUGACAAUUUGCAAGUGAGUACCAUCUAAAGAAAAUAUCGGUGCCUCUUGAUUGGGACCAGCGUUAUAAAACAUUAUUUCAGUCUUUCUGGCAUUUAUCUGCAGCCCAAGUGCUCUGUAUAUAUUAGAAAAGACAACAAGGAUGUGUUGCAUUGACUGGGGAGUGUGAGAAAUAAGGGCAGCGUCGUCAGCAUAUUGUAGUUCUAUAAUCUGGCGUAUGGUUGUCUUUGUGUGGGCUUGUAGUCUGCGGAUGUUAAAGAGACUGCCAUCAAGCCUGUACUCAAGUUGUAUCCCAUCUUCAGCAUUUAAGGAGUUUUGUGCCAAUGUCAUUACAGUAGAAAUAAAGAUGUUAAACAAUACAGGGGCGAGAACGUCACCCUGUUUGACCCUCACUUCAGCUGGGAAGGAUGGAGAUUCCAGGCCGCCAAUGCAUAUACUUUCGCUUGCAUGUUAGUAUGAAAUUGUUGUAGCAUGUUUAAAAACUUGGGAGGAACUCCAUAUUUGGUGAGAAUUUUCCAUAAGAGAUCCCUGGGCACUGUGUCGAAAGCCUUUUUGAGGUCAAUAAAUACGAUAUAAAG